AACACUUCACGCACCUAACGUCACAACGCGUUCUGGACACUACGGUUGCCAGUGGCAACGGCCAAGCUAGGAGCAAGCAUGGCGGUUUUCUCGUGUCCUCAGUCCGCCCUUUCGAACGUGUCGUUCGGUCCAGACCGGUAGACUUCAAGCCACCUUCUCGGACACUCUUCUCAAGCAUUCCCGAGGGACAAGCGCGCAUCGAUGAUCGCUUUAGAUGAUCGGCAACGGGACCGCGAAAGACAGUCUGACCAGCGUCGAUCAUGCCAUUGCUGGUGCCAUCAGCGGAUUCGUCACACGAUUCAUUUGCCAGCCCUUCGAUGUGGUCAAGAUUCGGUUCCAGCUGCAGUUGGAACCGAUCAAGUCGUCGCAUCCAACGGCCAAGUACACGAGCAUAUUGCACGGCACGCUGUGCAUCUUGCGCGAAGAAGGAAUCACAGCGUUUUGGAAAGGACACGUGCCCGCUCAGAUGUUGUCCGUCGUGUACGGAGGUGUUCAGUUCUCGUCGUACGAAUACCUGUUGAAGCGCUCCGAUAGCACGCUGGGACGGGAGGCGGUGAUACGAUGGAGCAACACUGUCCAUUUCGCAUGUGGCUUCACCUCGGGGUGCGUGAGCACCGCAGUUGCGCACCCCUUUGAUGUCAUUCGGACCAGACUCGUGGCACAACUGGAACCCAAGACGUACACGUCCAUCUCCCAGGCGGUGCGCCUCAUGUGGCGGCAGGAAGGGCCCCGGUCCUUUUACCGCGGCAUGCUGCCCACCCUGCUCCAGAUCGGCCCGCUGUCCGGCUUCCAGUUCGGCUUCUACCACUUUUUCACCCACCUGUGGACGGUCCUGCUUGAGGAUGACGCCAACGUCACCGGCAUCCGCAAGAGUGUGGCGUGCGGAGCGUUGUCCGGGAUCGUCUCCAAGACGCUCGUCUACCCGCUCGACUUGAUCAAGAAACGGCUUCAGGUGCAAGGCUUCAGAGCAGAAGGGCUGAACUUCGGCCGCUACAACGGCUUUCUGCACUGCGUGCGUUGCAUCUUUGUGCAAGAGGGCUUCCUGGGCUACUUCAAGGGCUACUUGCCCAGCGUCCUCAAGGCCAUGGCCACCACCUCGAGCUACUUUGCGUCGUAUGAGGCCGCCUGCGAGAUGCUGAAGUACCGCCACUCCUAACUUGCCGCCGCAAGACAGGGUAUCUUCACCAGUAUAGGGUCUGACGGAUAAAAGGGAACCUCCUUUUUCAGCCUGCAAGCAUGAAUUAUGCAUCACAGGAAGCUGAAACUCCCGGGUGAAUGUGAUACUUGCGUCAAUGAUAUAAUGCGAAAGUUCAAGAAUGGGACAUUAAAAAUAUUGAGAGAUAAAAUUGAAAAAAAACAUUUACUUACGAGCAUGGUCCACCUUGGCUUAAUAUUCGUCAGAUAAAGAAAUAGCUUUGCAGCAUUUUUGUAGUUCAGUGAAACACACUUGCCAGUGAGACGGAAAACUGAAACAAAUGCCACAGGCACCCACUGUGCAAUUUUUUUAUAUUUAUUGAACAUAAGUCCUAGGUGGAUGUCUGUUCAUAAAGUCAAAUUUGUUUUGUGGUUUUUUUUAUCUUUUGAUCCAGCUAAUCUCCUCUUUUCAUAUUUUCGCAUUCUAUCGCCGCUGCUGGUGUUAUGCACAUGGGGUUUCAACUUUCUAUGAUGCAUAGUCUACGUAUACAAGCAGAAAAAAACGGUUUCAUUGUAUUUGUUGGAUCCUGUAAUUCCAUAUAAGUAUAAUAAGUAUAAUUCAGCAGAGCUGUAUAAAGUUGCUAGUUCAUGUGUCAAGGUUGUUGUUUCAAGGCAGGCUGUGCGGAGAUGGUGGUCUGAUCUUGGUAAUAUUUUGUUAGCGAGGGUUUGUACAAUAAAAUGUUGAAUGCAAAAAUUCUUUUUGCAUGGCAAGGUGUGAAGAAACAUGUUUAAAAGACACACGGGUGGCAUUAUAUAUAUUAUAUAUCUUUUUGUUGGAAGGGGCAAAGCUUUGGCAGCCAAACACAAAAACCUGUAUUCAAGCAACUAAAUUAGUUAUCAAACUGGCUCAUACAACAAAGAAUUAUUUUUUCACUUAUGAAUUUUGGAAAGCUUGGUGCAUGGAAUCUUAGCCUGAAAAAUUGUAUGAGUUAAGGACACCUCUGUGGCAAUUUACAACUCAGUACAUCAAUCUGCCGAGUUGCAUGAUCAUUGUUUAUGCAGAAAGUUUUUGUCAUGGACACCAUGUAGCAAGUUUUUAUGGAGACUUGCAUCCGACUACAAUCUGACCGGCGUAUUUUCAUGUACUGCGUCAUGUUGAUUGGAACAUGUUGAUUGCAUGCCAUUUGUUGCAAGUGAUGUUUCGACAUUGACACCUAAAUUUGCCAAAGGUUACCUGAAUUUACCAAAGGUUGCAUGUGCAAUGCAACAUAAACACCAGGUGAUGCAGACUAGCACAACACUUGGAGAUUGCAAAUAGAUUCUGAUGUUACAUAGGAAAUGUUGAGCAUCUAUUUAGAUUGUUGCUUUACAAAGUUGUAUGUUCAGUUCUGUGAAGCAGAAAGGCUGUCUCUGGUGUUCUCUUUCAGAAGAGACUGUGGUUGAAUGAUCGGUGCAAUGAGACAAGUUUGCAAAGCUUGUUUGUACCAAAUAUUGGCCAUUUCAUGGUACUUUGUGAGCUAUGGUGUUGAGCUGUCACAUUCAUUGCACGUAAUGGUUUGCCUUAGGCAAUAUUUCAUGCUUCCAAAUAGUGAAUGUUGUUUGUGCCUUUGCCAAGUAUGAGGCAGACUUAAGUUUCAAUGUUGCAUGAGUUUAUGUGCCAUCUUUCAUAAGAAUUUGCAUUUACAGCCCAAAAACGAGUGACACUAUAGAGCAGGGGUGGCCAGGCUGACCAGGCCUAAGAGCCGCAAACGAGACCACGAAACUUCUAAAAGCCACGGGGGGGGGGGGGGGCAAGUUGGUGUCCCCUUACGAGGAAUCCACGAGCCGCACUUGGACCAGCAAAGAGCCGCAUGCGGCUCGCGAGCCGCGGUUUGGCCACCCCUGCUAUAGAGCAAUAAGGCAAUCUUGUUGAGUUUACUGGUUGUGAUAGAAUAAUUUGCGAGUGCUCACAUACCGUUUUUUAACAAAUUACUUUAAUUUAAUUGACAUUGAAGGCGGAGCUCGUUUUUCCAGUAUGACAAAAGCUCCUAUGAGCCUGUAAAUGCCUUUAGAGAUAAAAAAAAAGUUUCUGUAACUUAGGUAGCUGUGUAAAAGGAUGUAACCAUCAGCAUGCCAUAAUAGUUGUUCAGUAACUUUGGUUGUCACAUGCAGUCUUUGAAAUAUUUAAGUCACAUUCACAGACACUCACACAACCACGGAGUCGGCUGCCUUACUACGACUCUCUCGCACACAUUCAUUGAAUUGGACCCAAAUGCUGAUUGAAUUACAAAGAGGUGAGAAUGUUGUAUACAUAGCUUGCAUGUGACGUCAUUCGUGACCAUGCCAAUAUCUUAUGCGCCCCAAGCGUAGAGUUCGCCGUGUUGUUUCACGCCAUAGAAGUUGUUAGAAGAAACCAGUAAGUAGAACUAACUGCCAGUACCCAGCAAUGGCGACACCUGCAAGCUAUGUAUACUUAGUGCUACAUUUUUUGUUUGCAUGGUUUAUACUCUGCACGUGUGCAAAUGGUGAGGACAAUUUUCUCCGACAUUAGGUGCCGCACAUUGUGCAACGGUGGGUGUGUGUGACGCUCAGCAUUUGCAUUUCUUUGGGUGCACUUUGUUUUUGGCAUUUUGUCAGGUAGCGUUGGAGGAAUGUGAAUCUGCACAUAUAGUGUGCGGUAGGUGCGCAGAAUGUCUAUAUGCUUCUACUUCUUCAGGUGUGGUGGUGAAGUGACAGUUAGGCUGGUGAGACUCUAGGCUUGGCCAAGAAGUUUGUUCUGCAACCUUUGAAGAAGAAUUUCUGGGUUUUUGCACCGCCCGAGACUUGCAUACCAUGGUUACAAAAGACGUACAGUCAAAUAUCGUUAAUUCAAACUCAAGAGGGGGGGGGGGGGGGGGGGGGGGGCCAAAAAUUUGUUUGAAUAAAGCAAAGUUUGAAUUAUUGGGGGUUUCCUCCCAUAGAGACGCAUAGGAUGGGACCUGCAUGUUAGUUUGAAUUAUCCGAAAGUUUGAAUUAAGAGAAUUAAUGAGAGUUUGAAUUAAUGAGAGUUGACUGUAGUGUCAACUAUAGUCACAAAGUGAAUGUUUUCUUUUUGUUUAGUAAACACAGGCAAGCUCCGUCAGGAAGUUGUAGCUCUUGGCCCACUCGGAUAGAGUGCCACAUAUGCAACAUGUACAGUGCUGUUUCCUAGUCGCUCUCAUCUGUAAGUAGCUUUCAGUACAUAAAUAUGUAAAACGUGCCGAAACGUUAAAAAAAAAAACAUUAGCGCAAGUUGGACUCCUGGCUUGCAGCACCGUCACUUUGCAGGUUGUACUACGCAGCAGUGUUUUCCCAGGAAGCUUUAUAUCUGUUUUUAGCUUCAAUGCUCUGCUUAGAAUAAACAAAAAAUUCAUAAG